UAGCGUGUUUAGUGCUGCAAGCGCCGCAGACAAUCCCGGGAUGAGGCGUAUCCCAGUCACAGACGCUCUGUCUCGCUGUCUGCUGCUCCAUGGUCACUAGCGCUGACAGCCAGCCAGCCAGCCAGCCCUCCCUCCUUCUGAAACUGCAGACAAACCGAAACGGAGGCAGUCUGCUCCCCGUAACCAAAACAGUGCAGAACUAAGUGUUGGGGAGGACGUGCCUGUGUACAUUUUUUUAUUUGUGGUGUUGGGGUGGGAGGGGGGGGGAGGUUGUAAUUUUUUUUUUAACAAAAACUGGGCUUUGCGCAAGGAUAUUUUCCGAUGGAGAUUUAUUGGAAUUCAUAGCCUUGUCUAAAGGUGGAGAUCUGAAAGUGUUGGAGGAAGAAAAAAAAAAGGGGGGGGCCUCUCUUAAUAUCCUGAGCAAGGGGGGGAUCCGCGAAUCUCGGCUGGGAUCGCUCCUGAAAACAAACACCGUGCCCUGCGUAGGAACAGCAAAACGGGAGGGGAAAUAAAAUGCUUACAGUUUUUCCUGUUGGCAGCGAAGUUAGCAGGCGCUUUUCACAAAGGGGCUUCAUUUAAAGGGAAAAGAAAAAACGGAAUUUGUGCACCGCGGACUUUAAAAGUCGGAGCUGCUUGGUGGGUUCUUGGAGGGGGGAAAAAAGGCCUUUUUUUGGAGGAUUGCAGGCAAUUUCUCGCCAAGGACUUAUUUUUUUGAUUUUUUUUCACAAGAAAAAUGGAAUCCUCGGAUUUUCAUAUUAAGUUGGAGACGCGCUCGCCUGCACGGUAAUUGUUUUUGCUGAAGGACAUUUGCAAUUCGGGAAGCUUUAGGGUAGCUAACGUUAGCUACCUAACCUUCGUAUAUCUGCAGAAACCCAAUCAAAGGGAAUAGAAUAACCGUUCAGACCGAUUCUGGUUGUCUUAAGGUUUUUAUUUUGCAGCCGGGAGUGGAAAUUAAAAGAACCGAGCCUCCCUAUUUUUAAAACCGGAAUCGCCCAGUUCAUUUCACGAAUGAUGUAACUGGCGAGGGCUUUUUACAAAGAGGGGGAAAAAAAAUCUAGCACGUUAAAUGAUUGAGAUAAGUAGCUGGCUGUUCCAAGAAAAUGUUAAUUUUAACGCCGGCCAGCACGAAGACGAACUGAAAACAAAAACGACGAGGCACCGGUGGACAAUGAUGGGAUUCUUCAUUUGAAUCGGGAUUACAGUCAACGAAUGUAUCUGGAUUGGUCAUUUCUAGGAAGAGGAAAAAAUUAUAAAACUUUUUGGAGGUGUUUAUUAUCGCGGAUACCGGGUUUGGUGCUCAGCAUGGCCGCCUUCCACCGCCUGUCUAUCCUGGUGUUGGGAGUCUACGCAGUCCUGCUCAGUACGGUAGCUGCCGCGCAGAGCGAGGAGAGGGUGUGCGCGUUCAACGACCAGCAGCCCCAGUUCGAGGAGCAGGUGUCCGGGGACACGCGGGAGAACGGCACCAUCCGCUGCGCCAAGGGGAGCCGCUGCUACGGCCUGUGGGAGAAGGCGCACGACGGCGACAUUCGCCUGGUGAAGCAAGGGUGCUGGGCUCACCUGGGGGACCAGCAGGAGUGCCACGACGACCGCUGCGUGGUGACCACCACCCCGUCGCAGAUCCAGAACGGCACCUACCGCUUCUGCUGCUGCAGCACCAACAUGUGCAACGUGAACUUCACCGAGGACUUCCCGCCCCCGAGCCCCACCAGCGCACAGCCCAUCAAUCCCCGGCCCCUGUACCGAGAGGAGACCAUCGUCAUUGCUUUGGCUUCUGUCUCUGUAGUGGCGGUCCUCAUUGUGGCCCUGUUCUUUGGCUACAGGAUGCUGACAGGAGACCGCAAACAGGGCCUCCACAACAUGGACAUGAUGGAGGCGGCUGCCUCUGAGCCCUCCCUGGAUCUGGACAGCCUCAAACUCCUGGAGCUGAUAGGCCGCGGUCGGUACGGCUCGGUCUUCAAAGGCUCUCUGGACGAGCGCCCAGUGGCCGUGAAGGUCUUCAACUACACCAACCGGCAGAACUUCGUCAACGAGAGGAACAUCUACAGGCUGCCCCUCAUGGAGCACGACAACAUCGCCCACUUCAUCGUGGGCGACGAGCGGCUGACCACGGAGGGCAGGAUGGAGUAUCUCCUCGUCAUGGAGUACUACCCCCACGGCUCCCUGUGCCGCUAUCUCAGCCUGCAGUCUGGAGACUGGGUGAGCUCCUGUCGCCUGGCACACUCCGUGACGAGAGGGCUGGCCUACCUCCACACCGAGCUGCUGCGAGGAGGUCUCGAAACAGAUCACUACAAGCCCGCGGUGUCACACCGGGACCUGAACAGUCGGAACGUGCUGGUGAAGAACGAUGGCACGUGUGUCAUCAGCGACUUUGGGCUGUCCAUGAAGCUCACCGGGAACAGGCUGGUGAGGCCAGGAGAGGAGGACAACGCCGCCAUCAGUGAGGUGGGAACCAUUCGCUACAUGGCACCAGAGGUUCUGGAGGGAGCAGUUAACCUGCGAGACUGCGAGUCUGCCCUGAAGCAGGUCGACAUGUAUGCCCUGGGGCUCAUCUACUGGGAGAUCUUCAUGAGAUGCACAGACCUGUUCCCAGGAGAGACGGUGCCCGAGUACCAGAUGGCAUUCCAGGCUGAGGCUGGGAACCACCCCACCUUUGAGGACAUGCAGGUGCUGGUUUCCAGGGAGAAGCAGAGGCCCAAGUUCCCCGAAGCCUGGAAAGAAAACAGCCUGGCGGUGCGUUCCUUGAAGGAGACGAUGGAGGACUGCUGGGACCAAGACGCCGAGGCCAGGCUGACAGCCCAGUGCGCAGAGGAGAGAAUGGCAGAGCUCAUCAUGAUCUGGGACAGGAACAAGUCCGUCAGCCCCACCGUGAAUCCCAUGUCCACGGCCAUGCAGAACGAGAGGAACCUUUCACACAGCCGGCGGGUGCCAAAGAUCGGGCCCUACCCAGACUACUCCUCGUCCUCUUACAUCGAGGACCACGAGGGCAUCGUUAAGAACAUCUCCAGCGAGCUCUCGACCUCGGGCACGCCGUCCGUGACGGGGGUGGGGGGCGGCAGUGGGGAGAAGAACCGCAAUUCCAUCAACUACGAGCGGCAGCAGGCCCAGGCGCGGCUGCCCAGCCCGGAGACCAGCCUCACCAGCCUCUCCGCCGCCACCACCACCACCACCGCCGGCCUCACGCCCAGCACCGUCAUGACCACCAUCUCCGAGUCGGCCUACCCCGAGGACGCGGCGCUGCUGCAGCCGGCGGGGCCCACUCCUGUCUGCCUGCAGCUGACAGAGGAGGACCUGGAGACCACCAAGCUGGACCCCAAGGAGGUGGACAAGAACCUGAAGGAGAGCUCCGACGAGAACCUGAUGGAGCACUCCAUGAAGCAGUUCAGCGGCCCGGACCCCCUCAGCACCAGCAGCUCCAGCCUGCUGUACCCUCUCAUCAAGCUGGCGGCCGAAGUCACGGGCCAGCCCGAUUUCGGCCAAGCCAGCGGCUCGUCCUCGGCCGCCGGAGACGUGCCGCCCAUGUUCCCUCUCCCCAAGCAGCAGAAUCUGCCCAAGAGGCCCACCAGCUUGCCGUUGAACACCAAAAACCCCACCAACAAAGAGUCCCGACUGAAGUUCGGCAGCAAGCACAAGUCCAACCUGAAGCAGGUGGAGACCGGAGUGGCCAAACUCAACACCAUCAACACGGCCGAGCCCCACGUGGUGACAGUGACCAACAACGGCCAGGGCCGAGCGGUGGUGGCCAACGGCCACGCCGGCGCUCCCUCCGUGGUGCAGAUGCCGUACGCCAACGGCUCUCUGCCCGGGGCCCAGGCGACCAACGGCCCCGCCCUCCUGCAGUCCCAGCUGAGCGGGGAGGACAGCCGGAUCAACAUCAACUCCAGCCCUGACGAGCACGAGCCCCUGCUGAGGCGAGAGCAGCCCGCCGGCCGGGAGGAGCGGCUGAUGGAGAGGCUGGUCGACAGGAGGGACCACCGCUCUCUGGACGCCGGCCGCACAAACUCCAACAACAACAACAACAGCAGCAGCAGCAGCAUCGGCGGCGGCGGCGGCAACCCCUGUCCGGCGGAGGAGCAGCCCAUUCCCGCCAUCGAGAAGGGGGCAGAGACGCAGCUACGGCAGCCCAAGGCCCGACGAGCCGAGAGGCCGAACUCGCUGGACCUGUCGGCGGCCAGCACUUUGGACUGCUCCUCCAUGCAGAGUGAAAACGCGAGAGAUUGCAAAGGGGGCUCUGGGGAGAAGAUCAAGAAGCGGGUGAAAACCCCGUACUCGCUGAAGAGGUGGCGCCCAUCCACCUGGGUGAUCUCCACGGAGCCCGUGGACAGCGAGGUGAACAACAACAGCCACCACCAGGAAGCCGGCCGCUCCAAAUCCAGCACCGCGGUCUACCUGGUGGACGGAGGCACGGCCACGACAACCGUUCCCACGGAGACGGGGAUGACUUGCCUGUAGACUGCGCCCAUUUCCUCCCCCCCUCUCCCAAGUUCAAAUUACUUGAAAAAAAAGAGAAAAAACAACAAAAAAAAAUGUACAAGCAGCUUAACUCCCCGCUCACUUCUCCUUCAAAGAAUCGCUUUAAAUAGAAUCCAGCUAUGCAGCAAAAUUGGCUUCAGAUGCUUCCAUUUUUUUUUUUGUUGUUUCUACGUUUGUUUGAAAAGCUUUUCACGGCACUUUUUUUUUUUUUGUGUGGCAUAAUCUUAAUGACACAGUUAAGUCUGUCUCGUGUGACCCGUCUGGUAAAAGUGGUCUUAAAAUUUAGCAGGAGGACUAAAAAAAAAAAGAGA